GCCCAGGGAUCUUCUGCACACCCAGCUGUGGGCAGUCAGGUGCCCAUCAGGGACGCCUAUCAAGAAGUGGGAUUACGUUCCUGGAACUGCUUCACUGCAUUUCAAAUCUCUCAUCUGUAUGCUUUCUGGAUUUACAUUGCAGCUCAUUGCCAGUUGAUUUACGUGUCCAUCUGUAGAGAUCGCUGGACUUGGCAUGCUCUCCUGAAUGGGCAGGGGAGUUCAUCGCAACCAUCUCUACGCCUCUAUACCACUAACUACAGGCUCUGUCAUGUGGUAGUUACAACGAACGCUGUCAAGACAUUUUAUCGAUUGCCUGGUGAUCCAUGCCUGUGGGAAGGACAUGGCAUUAAAAAGAGGCCUGGACCCUGAGCUUAUUGAGCUGCGGGAUCUGAAUGAGAAAAACAACAUAGACCUGAGCAAGAGUGAAGAACGUGGAACUCGACUAGAGAGAGCCAAUGCACUUCGGAUUACCCCAGGAAAGGUGCCAGACAUCCUGAAUCGGGUCAGGAAGAAGCGAAUUUUUGCCAGUGGAAAUGAUCCCAAACUGACAGAAGAAUUAGGAGAGGGUCAUGAUUUCCAGCCUUACACUCAGACUCAGCCUUCUUGGUGUGACCUCUGUGGGGAAUUCAUCUGGGGAAUCUUUCGACAAAGUCUUCAGUGCACAAAUUGCAAGUUCACUAGUCAUUAUCGAUGUCGCAGAUAUAUAAAACUAGACUGCACAGGACUGAAGAAUCAGACCAUUGAACCAGGAGAUCUGAAUGAACUCAGUGUUGAAAAAGACACAAAUGUGGAUGAGCGUACAGAAUGGCAGAGGCAGGUUUUGUCUCCCAGUGAGGUGGAACAAAAGGUCAAGGAAUACAACUCCCAGAUUCACAGUAACCUGUUUAUGACUCUGAACAAAGAUUGUUCUUACACAGGCUUUAUUAAAGUACAGUUAAAGUUGAUCCGACCUGUGUCUGUACCUGCCAGCAAGAAGCCACCAUCCAUUUAUGAUGCUCGAAAAACUUCUACACGGCCUCAGUCAGUUAAAAGACGGACAUCCUUCUAUCUUCCCAAAGACACUGUGAAGCACUUGCACAUUAGCUCAAAAACACAGGCCAGUGAGGUCAUUGAAGCUCUGUUGAAAAAGUUCAUGGUGAUCGACAACCCUCGGAAGUUUGCACUUUUUGAACGUUCUGAAAGGGAAGAUAAUGUCUACGUGCGUAAAUUGUCUGAUGAUGAAAAACCUCUUAGCCUGCGACUGCUGACCGGUCCCAAUGAGAAGAAGCUAAGUUUUGUACUUAAGGAGAAUGAAACUGGAGAAGUUAAUUGGGAUGCAUUCUCAUUGCCUGAGCUCCAUAAUUUUCUGCGGAUCCUGCAACGUGAAGAGGAGGAACAUGUUAAGCAAAUUCUUCAGAAGUACGCUCGUUGUAAAGAGAAAAUGCAGGAGGCACUGGCCAGUUGCACCCCUGGUUGAGUCUGUCCAGCACAGUAAUUGGCCUUCUGGUGUAAGGCCACAGAUAAAGGGUCACAAGGCCAACCAUUCCCAUUGAGUUUGAGCAGAAAAAAUGCAACAAACUUCAAGAAAGUGAAAAAGGCUGCGUGUGGUUGUGUUGUAUGGAUAAUGGAGAUACGUGAAAACACUUGUUUAAACUGUGUGUUCGAAUGGACAAGUGUGUGUUCGAAUGGACAAGUGUUUGAGGAAGACUUGAACCAAAAAGUGUGAGUGAUCUUUUUAACAGAGUGAGCAGUAUAUUGGCAGGAAUGGAGAUCAUCGCGUAAAUGAUCUCCAGACUUUUGCCUAUUUCUGGCCUGCCCUUUGUAAAGCAAAAGAAAAAGUUGUGUGCUGUUAAGAUACUGUUUCAGUUUUCAUUUUGUCACAGCCUGAAAUUUCAGGGGACAAACACAACUCAAGAAUGGAGUGGCCAUUCAUGCCUUCUUCUUUAGGUACUAGAACUUUUUCCAGAUGUUCUCUGGACUUUGCCAUUUGAUUCACGAAUGCAGUCGAGAUGAAGAAAACAUGUUGCUAUAUGUGUUGUUGUGUUUUUUUUUUUUUUUUUUUUUAAUUCUCUGUAUGUACUGUAGAUGCCCGUCAUUGAGUACAUGUUUAGUUGCUGCAAGAAUGCUGGAUUGUGAAACAGUUGAACAUUGGGCAUCAUCUGCAGAAAAACUGUAACAAAUUUUUACAUUGUUGUUGGCUGAUGGUCUGUUUAUUUAUGUUAAUUUGGUUACUGUUAAUUUGGUUACUGUAAGUAUUAAAAGGCCCCAUUAGAAAAGUAUAGGCGAGGAGGAGGGGGACCGCGCAAUACUGUGGUUGUACUGAUGGGCAGAAAGCAUCCUUUUCUAGAAAACAAAUUUUGGAGGUUGGUAACUUCCAUGGCAUUUCAGGACAGACUAAUGUGUGUUUUUGUGAAACAUUGUUCUGAUAUGUCGUCCCUUGAGAUGUUCUACAUAUCUCAAAUCUCAUUGUACAGAGCUGAUGAGAAGGAAGAAAUUUGACUGGUCCUGAACUUUUUUAUCGAGGGAAUGCCUAUUUUAGACUUCACAGUUUGCACCAGGGAGUUUGAAACCUGCAGUAUAUUUCACAGAUGAAUGUGAUGCUCUGUAUGCUGCUGCUGUUCACUUGAGGUUGUGUUACAAUUUUAAAAAUGUUUUGAGGGUGGAGGUUGUUAGAAGUCUGUUUGGAAAGUUUUCCCUUAAAUGGGAUGCUGCCUUAAGAGAGUACUGUACUGAAGGGUUAGAGCCAUAUAUUGUAUACUUUACCUUUCCUUUGCAUGAAAGUGCAGCUGUAAGCUGACGACUACAGUGAAUGUUUCUUUGCUUUUUUUGUUAAUGUUAAGCAGUAAGGUAUUGAAGUUUGUGUGGUGUUGGAGGUUUAUCCGCACUUUUUUUUAUUGUAAAGCACCACUGUCAGUCUUGCCUAUAUUCAAUGGAUAAAACUUCCAUUGAUCCAGACUUUAGAAAAUCUUGUAAUUAUGCAGUGGGCCUUGUGUAAUAAUUUAAGAUGUUAUAUUUUUAAAUAAAAUGUUCUUUGGUUCUGGGUA